AUGACGGUUGCUAUGAGCACUACAAUGUGUACUGUGAGCACUACAAUGUGUACUAUGAGCACUACCAUGGAUACAAUAGGUACUACGAGCCCUACAAUGGGUGCUAAGAGCACUACAGUGUGUACUAUGAGCACUACACUGGAUACUAUGAACACUACAAUGGGUGCUAUGAGCACUACAAUGGUUACUAUGAGCACAACAGUGGGUACUAUGAGCACUACAAGGGUUACUAUGAGCACAACAGUGGGUACUAUGAGCACUACAUUUGGUGCUAUGAGGACUACAAUGAGUGCUAUGAGCACUACAGUAGGUACUAUCAGCACUACAAUGGGUGCUAUGAGCACUACAAUGGGUACUAUGAGCACUACCAUGGGUGCUAUGAGCACCUCAAUGGGAACUAUGAGCACUACAAUAGGUACUAUCAGCACUACAAUGGGUGCUAUGAGCACUACAAUGGGUACUAUGAGCACUACCAUGGGUGCUAUGAGCACCUCAAUGGGAACUAUGAGCACUACAAUGGGCGCUAUGAGCACUACUAUGAGUACUAUGAGCACUACAGUGGGUACUAUGAGCCCUACAAUGGAUACUAUGAGCACAACAAUGGGUGCUAUGAGCACUACAGCAGGUACUGUGAGCACUACAAUGGAUAAUUAG